AAGCACUAUCUGUAGGUGUAAUGGAGCCAGUAGGAGUAUUCAGAAAACAGCUAAAAAUAAGAUGAUCAUAUCAAGUCAGAAAUGCAGGAGUGACAGAUGGCAGCUAUGAAUGAGAGCCCAUCAUCAGAAAUGCCCCGGAGAGGGCUGGAAGAUUCUGAAAUAGCAAUUAAUAAACACCAAGCUGGUCCUGUGUGCGAAAACAUAAAACCAGCUUCCUGUGUAUCAAGCUGUGUGUCAAUGAAAAGUGAUCAUUCAAUGAACCCUCCAGUGAAGUUUCAGGAACCAUCAAGCAUUCCCAGGGUAAAACCAGCUUUACCUGCAGCAAGCUGCCUUUCCAUGAAAAGUGACAAUUCAAUGGACCCUCCAAUGAAGUUUCAAAGUGAAAUAACACAACCACAAAGGGUAAACCCGGCUUCACCUGCAGCUAGCUGUCUGUCCAUGAAAAGUGACAAUUCAAUGGAACCUCCAAUGAAGUUUCAACGUGAAAUAACACAACCACGAAGGAUAAAACCAGCUUUACCUGCAGCAAGCUGCCUUUCCAUGAAAAGUGACAAUUCAAUGGACCCUCCAAUGAAGUUUCAAAGUGAAAUAACACAACCACAAAGGGUAAAACCAGCUUCACCUGCAGCUAGCUGUCUGUCCAUGAAAAGUGACAUUUCAAUGGAACCUCCAAUGAAGUUUCAAAGUGAAACAACACAACCACAAAGUGUAAAAGCAGCUUCACCUGCAGCUAGCUGCCUGUCUAAUAAUUCAAUGGACCCUCCAAUAAAGUUUCAAAGUGAAACAAUACAACUACAAAGCGUAAAACCAGCUUCACCUGCAGCUAGCUGCCUGUCUAUGAAAAGUGAUAAUUCAAUAGAACGUCCAAUAAAGUUUCAAAGUGAAACAACACAACUACAAAGUUCAAUCCAACAGGAGUCAUCACCGGGACCUGGCUGUUCAUCUCUUAGGUUGAAACAAAGUGAAUUGUCCCCAUUAAAGUGCUCAAUAUUUCCUGACCAAGAAUCAUCCCUGCUAUUAAAAUCCAUUCUAAAGCGUCAAUUCCAGCGAUUAUCUAAUGGACUUCAAAGAGAUGGAUCUUUAACACUCCUGAAUGACAUCUACACAGAGCUUUACAUUACAGAGGGAGGAAGCGGAGAAGUUAAUAAUGAACAUGAGGUGAGACAGAUUGAGACAGCAUCAAGGAUUCACCAGUCAGUAGACGACAAGCCAAUCAAAUGCAAUGACAUCUUUAAACCUUUACAAGUACAAGAUUCAGUCAUCAGGACCGUGCUGACAAAGGGAGUUGCUGGCAUUGGAAAAACAGUCUCUGUGCAGAAAUUCAUUUUGGACUGGGCUGAGGGCAAAGCAAAUCAGGAUGUCCAGUUCAUAUUCCCACUUCCCUUCAGGGAGCUUAACUUGCUAAAAGACCAAUGCUUUAGUCUGGAGGAUCUCGUUUGCCAUUUUUUUCCACAGCUAAAAGAAACAAAGUUUAAAAAUUAUAGAAUGCAUAAAACUGUGUUUAUUUUUGAUGGGCUUGAUGAGUAUCGCUUACCCCUGGAUUUUCGAAACACUAAGGUUGUAAGUGAGGUAAAUAUCCCUACCUCAGUUAAUGCUUUACUGACAAACCUCAUCCAGGAAAAUCUUCUUUCUUCUGCACGUGUUUGGAUCACCUCCAGACCAGCAGCAGCUAGUCAAAUUCCUCAUCAGUUCAUUAGUCAGGUCACUGAGAUCCGAGGAUUUGACGAUCCUCAAAAGGAAGAGUACGUAAGGAAGAAAAUCAGCGACCAAAGCCUGGCCAAUGAUGUCAUCAAACAUUUGAAGUCAUCAAGGAGCCUCUACAUCAUGUGCCACAUACCUGUGUUUUGUUGGAUUUCAUCGACUGUUUUGGAGAAGAUGUUAAAAGACCCAGAGAGCAAAACAAUUCCCAAGACUCUGACUCAGAUGUACACACAUUUUCUCAUAAUUCAGACACACAUUAGAGAGGAAAAGUAUAAUGAGUUUGAGCAGAGUGAUCCCAAAGAGAUGAUUAUUAAAUUAGGAGAGCUUGCCUUCAAACAGUUGCUAAAAGGCAAUUUGAUCUUCUAUGAGGAAGACCUGAACGAGUGUGGCAUAAAUGUUAAGGAUGCAGUCCUGUACUCAGGAAUUUGCACCCAAAUCUUCACAGAGGACUUUGAGCUUCUCUAUAGUGAAGGAAAGGUUUUCUGCUUUGUACACUUAAGCAUUCAAGAACAUCUUGCAGCUUUGUAUGUGCACAUAACCUUUAACUUAGGAAACAACACUGUGCUUAACCAGUGGAACCCGACAAAAUGCGCCAUGACAUUUCCAUGUUUGUCUCUCAGUGAUCUCCACAAGCAUGCUGUGGACAAAGCCUUGCAGAGUAAAAGUGGGGAGUUUGACCUGUUCCUCCGUUUCCUUCUUGGCAUCUCUCAGGAGAGCAAUCAGUCUCUACUGCAAAUGCUGUUGCCACAGAUAUCAGCAUGCAGUUCCCAAAGUGUUCAAGAAACAAUCGAGUACAUCAAGAUCCGGCUCAGGAUGAAUCUUAGUCCAGAAAAGUAUAUCAACCUGUUUCACUGCCUAAAUGAACUCAAUGACUUUUCUUUGGAGGAAGAGAUACAAAACUUUCAGAAAUCCAGGCGUCUCGCCAAGACGAAGCUUUCCACUUCACAGUGGUCUGCUCUGGUGUUUGUGUUGUUGACUUCAGGAAAUGCACUAGAUGUCUUCGACCUGAGGAAAUACUGCAUAGACAAUACAAAUGAAUGUCUUCAGAGAAUGCUGCCUGUUGUGCUGGCGUCCAGAACAGCUGAAGUCAGAAACUGUAACCUCUUAGAAAAAGGCUUUCAAGCUUUGACCUCAGCUCUCAGCUCAAAGUCUUCGUGCCUCAGAGAACUGAAACUCAGCGAUAGUGUUUUGCAUCAGUCUGGCAUGAAAAUUCUUUCUGAAGGUCUUCAAAGUCGACACUGUAAACUGGAAAUUCUGGAGAUGUCUAGUUGUGAUAUUCAAGCAGAAGAUUGCAGGCCCUUUGCAUCAGCCUUUAAUUCAAACCCUUCACACCUGAGGGCACUUGACCUGAGCUUCAAUCCCUUCGGUGAAUCAGGAAUCAUUUUUCUCUCUAAAGUUUUGCGGGAUCCACAGUGUAGGCUGGAGAAAUUAAAGCUUAUUGGCUGUGAACUAAACAGCCAAAGCUGUGCAUACCUGGCGGCAGUCCUGAAUAAUAACUCCCGCUUGGUUGAAUUGGAUUUGAGUAAAAAUACUCUUAAGUACCAUGGAGUAUAUCAUCUCUCUAAGGGCCUGGGAAAUCCUUCCUGUAAUCUGAGUGUCCUAAGACUCUCAGACUGUGGCAUCAACCCCGGUGCCUGCCGCUCACUUUGUAAUGCUCUUGAUUUAAACCCCUCUCACCUGAGUGAGCUGUGUCUGAGCAGGAAUCCAGGAAUUGGGGACACAGGAGUACAGCACAUCUCUGAUUUUAUAAGCAAGCCCUGCUGUAAGCUGGAGAAGCUAAGUUUGUCAUUCUGUUCUGUCACUGACAAUGGUUAUACUGCUCUGGCCUCGGCUCUCAAACUGAACCCAUUACAAAUUAAAGAGCUGGAACUAACAGGGAACCAACGAGGAAGCUCUGGACAGGGAAAACUUUUGGCUCUACAACAGCAUAAAGACUACAGGCUGGUAAAAUUAAAGAUUUAGAAGAUCAACUCACUGCUGCAUGAAACAAAUAUAACUGUGUCCUGCCAUGUCCUCUCAUCAGUCAACAAAUGACCGGUUUGAAAAAAAAAAAAACAAGAAAGCAAUGGAAGUGCUAAAAGGAAAGGACUAUUCACCCUGGUCUUUGUCUGUUUUCAAGCUAAUACUAUGCAGUGCAGAUGGGUGUCUUCUGAGAUAUGGUAGUUGAUUGCAUUAAGAAUAACUAAGUUUGUGUGUGUGGAAAUACUGUAUGUUGAAUGUACUGCAAGAAUAACUAGAUGAAUGAAAUAAGUACAUGUCCAAUCAAAGCACACAAAUACGCUCAACUGAGCUUUAAUGCUCUAUCAUUGGUCUCAUUCUCUCUACCAUUUUACUUGUAAUACUCCAUGUGAUAUUAGUGGCUUGGUGAUGGAUUCAUUUUAAAUACAUUAUACAAAAUGGAUUUAGUUCUUUAUGCCAUCACUGUUUAUAACUUUUCAAUUGUCUUACUAUGAUAUUCUUCAAAUCCGCUCCAGAAUUUACCUAGGAGAGGAAUAUCUUUUAUCACCAGUGAUGUUUGUGAAUGAUUAUGUGUAGAGUUCACACAGACACAUGAAUCUCUUCUGUAUGUUGGUGACAAGUUAUCUGUCAAUUUUCAAGGAUUAUGCAGUCUAAUUGCUAAAUUGCAGCGGGCUCCGAGCCACCUUGGCUGGGAUAAGCAUUUAAGGAGGUAUGGCCGCCUUUACUGCAGCUAAGAGUCUCAUCACCAUGCUGUGUUUGAAAUCUUAUUUAGUUUUGAGUAGCUAUACAAAUCAUAGCAAAAAAAGUUAACAUUAUUCAAACCUAUUGUACAUUAUUUGUUUAAAAUGAUGAAGAAUGUCCUGGUAUCAAACUAUGUCUUGUACAUGACGUGCAUGACAUCAUGUUUUAAUCCAGAAGCUCUGAGACACUGAGACAUGUCCCCUUCUGUUAUUUUGUCAAUCCUAUGUCCGUAAACACAACGGGAACUACACUUUAUUUGUACUGUAAAUAGUGUUUGUCUAAUAUAUGUCUAGUAUGAUCUGUAUUAUUUUUGCAUAUUCCUAAUUAUUUAACCUUAACAACAAAAAGAAACAGAAGAAUGUGGCACAAAAAGUAAUAAAAUGUAAAAAAUAUUGUAAAACAAACAAAAAAAUACAUUGAUUAUUUUCUUUAUUCUGAUUUCAUUUCCUUUUGAAAUACAACCUAAUUUUAGUAGCAAUUUCAUCUUGUGGUCUGAACUUAUUUUGUGUUGAACUAAAACCAUAAAAGAAAGCCAGCUGCAUUUGAGACACAGCAGGGUGUUGCUCCUGGACACUUGAGAGGAAGAAAUACAACUGGCCCUGAAUUCCCAACGGAGCUGAAGUAAUCCAGAGGACUCCAACGAAAGAAAGAAAGGAAUGCAUGGAAACCUCUUGAGACUGCAA